UACCUGCAUACGUCCUCGGGGUUUGGAGUUAAAGUAGCAAAACCGGGGUUUUUCCUACUAGAGAUACUGGCACGGGUCAAUAACGUCUUAGGAUGGCGCCAUCCACAUUCUAUUUUAUAUACAUGUCAUUAAACACUGCAAUAUUCAACAGGUAAUCACACAGCCUAACCACUCGGACUUUAAAGGGACAUCUUCGGAGACUUUCCCUAUGAAUCUCGUGUACAUAGAAGAUGAAGUCAUCCCGGCGUUAUCAUGGUUAAGACCGCUAAAUGCAGAUGGUAGCCUGCAAAACUGUAAGAAUCGUGCCUAGAGGUUCAAUAUAAAUCCACAUAGCCCUAUCCAAAACCACCAGAUCUAUCUACUCAACACUAUCAGCGAUAAACUUAUCAGCAAUGGCCACUUACGACAGAAAUACCGAAGGUCUCGAACUUGUUCACAAGUUUGCUGACCAGGUGAAAGGAAGAACUUUCCUCUUAACUGGCCCAAGCCCUGGCGGCAUCGGUGCCGAGACAGUCACCUCGCUUGCCACAGAGUCCCCGGCUCUGCUCAUCCUCGUCGGGCGCUCCCCAGAGAAGGCACAAACCGUCAUCGACGCCAUCAAAAAGGCUAACCCUGGCGUAAAGACCAAGUUCGUCCAAGCCAACUUUGCCUCACUCAAGAGCGUCCGGAAGGCAGCGCAGGCUAUCCUCGAUGACCCAGAGAUCACCAAAAUCGACGUGGUGAUCAACAACGCGGCCGUCAUGGCGACCCCUUUCGAGCUGACAGAGGAUAAACUAGAGCUGCAGUUUCAGUCCAAUCAUCUGGGCCACUUCGUUCUCACCAAUAAGAUCAUGCCCAAGAUCAUCGCGGCCGGACCUGGCGCAAGGCUCGUCAACCUCAGUAGCCUGGCACACAAGCUCACGGGGGUGCGUUUCGAAGACCCGAAUUUCGCGCAGCCGGGCUCGUACGGCGAAUUCACGUCCUACGGACAAUCCAAGAGCGCCAACCUCCUGUACACGGUGGGCCUGAACAAGCGCCUGUCCUCGCGCGGCAUCCGCGCCUUCGCCGUGCACCCGGGCAGCAUCCAGACGAACAUACAUGCCCACACCCGACAGAUGGAUGGCGCGCGUCUGGCAUCGCUUAUGGAUGCAGCCAUACAGAAGACCACGGGCAUGACGACCGCCGAGUUCCGGGCGGCCGAACCGUAUAAGACGCUGCAGCAGGGUUGCGGGACGACUCUCCGCGCAGCUCUAGACCCGGACUUGGUCAAGGAGGAGGGCGUCUACUUGCAGAAUACUAACCUGACGACUGACCCCAACGAGGUUAAGGACUGGGCGACGGACCCGGAGCUCGCGGAGAAGUUGUGGAAGUUGAGCGAGGAGCUGGUGGGUGAGAAGUUUGAUAUCUAAGGGCCAGGUGUGUGCAAAACCAGAGUGGAGUGUUAUUGUAGAGUGUGAACUUGCGUUUAUAUAGUCGAAAAUAUAGAUAUGGUAUAUCUAUAAGUAUGACUUCUAUUCUCGACUCUGCUUGGUUAAUGUUUUGUGAGUGUAAUAGUACCUAGGUACUUCUUAAUAAAUCUUACCUACAUGCAUAGGGGCCUUACAAGCCACACCUGUACGUACC